AUGGACCGCUGGCGAGGCAAGGUCGCUCUAGUGACUGGCGCCUCGGCGGGCAUCGGACGCGCCGUCGCCAAGGAGCUGGUGCAGCAGGGGCUGGUCGUCGUGGGCGUAGCCAGGAGGCUUAACCUGCUAGAGGAGCUGUCUCAGGAGGUGUGCCAGCUGUCGCUGCCGGGCCAGCUGGUGCCGCGCCAGCUCGACGUCACCGAGGACGAGGCGGUCGAGGCCACCUUCCGCUGGGCGGACGACACCCUGGGCGGCGUCGACGUCCUCGUCAACGCGGCCGGCGUCACCUCCAGCUGCAGCCUCCUGGGUGAGUGCGAGGCCCCUGGCCAACUCGUCACUCUCUGA